AUGGACGACGUCAUGCAAGAUAGAAAUUUGCAGGAGUUCAUGGGAGAUGCUGUCGGUGCUUCGAACAUGGCUUUGUCCAUUCGUAUGGCGGCAAUCUUUUGGGUCAUUUGGACCGAGCGUAACAAUCGCAUAUGGAGGGACAAAUCUACUAGCAAUGAGAUAUUGCAUCGCCAGGUGGAAUGUCUUAGAGCCUCCUGGAAGGAAACGUUUAAGCCGGCAACUUUGAGAGGGCAGGCAACCGGCUCUCCAGUGAUCUGGGAACCACCGGCACAAGGGUGGUUAAAAUGUAAUGUAGACGCGGCAGUGCUUGCUGAUGGUGUAGGCUUCGGAGCUGUAGUACGAAAUCAUGAAGGACGCUUUGUGGCGGCUAUGAACGGCCGGCUUUCGUGCGAUAGAGAACCUUUCAUGGCGGAGGCUACGGCAGUAAAGGAGUCACUCACUUGGUUGCACAAUUUUGGUCGCGGAUUCAUGGUCAUUGAAACAAAUUGUUUAAAUUUUUGCAAAGCUUUUAAUUCCAGUAGCUUAAACUUCUCUUAUGUUAAUUUGAUUGUUAAGCAAUGUGUUUUGAUUGCUAAUGGCAUUGGGAACGUGAGUGUUCAUUAUGUCUAA